AUGCGCCGCUCGAGCCGCGGGGCCGUCGACAUGAACAAGCGCGGCAAGCGGCGGCGCUUGGAGCGGGAGGUGGCCCAGGUGGCCCAGGUGGCCCAGGUUGCCAUGGAAUCUCUUGGGAGCAUUCUGACAGGUGACAAGAUUGAGUUCACCAUUGUUGAAAGGCUUCAGGUUGGGUUGUUCCGGUGUCUCCUUCACCCCAACACUGAGAUUGUGCUGCAGGUUGAUGGGAAGUGGGAUCCUCAUGUUGCUUCCUCUAGUAGUGCUACGCUCCUGGAAUUUGAAGCUAGUUGGGCAAAUGGUGUCAUUCAUGUGACCGCCAAGAAAGAUGGUAGCAGCUGCCUGUUGCUGCAUCCAAGUCAGAAUCGUGGCCAAGUUCGAAUUGCUGAGUUUUUUGGGGGGCUGGCUGGGUGGUCUUAUGCCCUUCAUGCCUUCGGUGUCGAACCGGCUGUGAUCAUUGAACGUGAUAGCAAGGUUGCCAGUGCUUGUGCCCAAGCUUGGCAGUGCGAUGUGAUUGAACCUGAGACCUUUCUGGAACGUGCCCUUUCAGGUGAUGUGAAGGAGUCUGUCAUUGUUUGUGGUUGUGUUACCAAUUCACUUAUUUGGCAGGGUCUUGGAAUCAUGAAUGUUGCUCAUGGGAUGGCCUCACCACCAUGUCAGCCGUGGUCUGGUGCUGGGUCGGAACGUGGUAUGAGGUCAGAUGAUGGCAAGGUCUUUUCUGAUCUCUUGAAGAUGGCAGGUAGGCUGCAAUUGAUGUCUCUGAUGGCUGAGAACGUGCCAGCCAUUGUCUCUCAUGGUGACUUUCCAGGCAUGAUUGCAGGUGCAUUGCUUGAUGGCAUGAAGAUGGUAGUCAGUGGAGUGUACAGCUGCCAACGUAUUUUGCCGGUGUACAGGGACCGCUGGCUUGCAACAUUUUGUCAUUGUACAGUCACCUUCGAUCCCGAGAUUGUACAAAGAGCUCAGGCGUUUUCAUUAGCUUCCGGUAGCUUGUGUUUUCCAAUGCCUGGUCCCUCCCUGCUUGCAUCCGAUUCCUUGCAUCCGGCCUCAACAUCCGAUUUGCGUAAUCAUUUGUUGUUGAAUGAUGCUGCCUUGGAAAUGCUGAAAAGAAGUGACCUUGUCCCCAAGUGGCUUGCCUCCAAGAUCAACUGGUCUCUCGAUGAACCCGUCCUGUCUGCUAGAAUUGUCACGCCUGACAUGAAGAUGAGUGGGGUUAUGGCCAGGUAUGGGAGUCAGCAUUUGUUGCCAAUUGACCUUUUGCUGUCCAAGGGCUUGCAGACAGUUGUAGUGAAGGAGAAUGGAAAAAUCCGCUUUUUCUGCCCAUGGGAAAUUCUGGCUGCUCUAGGCUUUCCUUCGAAAGUUGUGAUUGCAGCUGAUUUGACUGAUGCCUUUCAACAGGUUGGGAAUUCCAUCAGCCCGAUUCAUGCAUGGAUUCAGCUUUCCAAGACGCAUAUGUUGUUGGGUCAUCUGUCCAUGUUUUCCGUUGAUGCUGAUGUGUUGGCAGUACUGAAGAGGAUUAGGGAGCAGUGCAUUCGUUUAUCUGCUUUUGAACCCUUUGUCGACGGUGUUUUUUCCAAGCUCAGGGACGUGUGCUUUGAGGAUGAUUUGCCAGUGCAGGUGAAGCGCUCAAGGCAGUCCAGCGAAGUAGAAAAAGAUGUGUCAGCUACCAUUCCUUUCGUUGCUGAGGUAGAUUGUCAAGCUGUUUGUACUGCUCCGAUGAGUGAGAACUGUGUCUUUGCAAUUGAAAAGUUUGAUGGUUCCUUGCACAGCUUUUGCAAAGGAGGGCUUGCGUUCCUCAAGCAUCACCAACACAAUUGGAUGGUAGUUGUCCACGGGGCGGUGGAUGAAGCGUUGGACCAACUCAUUGGACGGGCACUUCCACAUGCCAAGAAAACCCAUUUUGAGCAUUUUCUGUGGAUGGGUCGUGAGAUUCAAUGGCAUGACAACGUCACUUGUGCACCGCCUGCAACCAUUCUUUUUCGACCUCUUGUGUUCACAGUUGAGUGUGUGUUGCCGGAUGGUAGCAUGAUUGAAAUGAAUGGUGAUGUGACAUGGACCAUUCGGACUCUCAUGGCAUUCCUUGCUGCGAAACUCAAGUGUAAUGUGGAUAUCCUGAAGGUUGGUUACAAUGGUAUUCCCACCAAGGCAUGUGAUUUUGUCACGGAAUUUCCCAUGCAAACCUUUCAAGUUUCCUUUCAAGCGUGUCUGCCAGGGUAUGUUGCUUUUGCUGCAGUGGACCACAAAUUGCAAGAAAAGGGUAUGAUCCCUGCACAUGAUGGCUGUGUGCGUUUUGUCGCAAAACAUCCGGCUUUCAAAGUGAUCAGAACUGCCUGUGUGCCAGUCGGAUCCCCAAUUGCUGCUGUGGUUCGAAUCCUUUUUCCUGAUUUGUGUGGUACCAUCACCUGGACUGUGCAUGUGCAAGGAACACCGUGCAGUGUUGAACAACCGGUUGAUAAGCACACUACAUUUGAUGUGGAAUGGGACUGCUUCAAGCCGUUGCCGCCUUCUGCAGUCAGUGCAUUGUGUCUCCUUUUGCCCAUUGAUGCUGCCCAGAUGCAAGUUAAGCACCAUGCCAGUCCCCAACGUUGGGUGAAGUCACCAUUUCGUACGAAAGCGCAGAUCCUUCGCACUGAUGAGAGUAUCACGCUCAUGCAGGUGGCUGCCUCAUUUGUUGCACAUGCACAGCUUGAUUUGAACAUGACUUGCCAUGUUGAUGGGAUUUUGACAGAUCCUUCAAUUUGUCUCAGCCAAGUUUCCACACAGCAUGUCAUUUGUUUCAAAGUUGCUCCUCUUUUGGGGGGUGCCAAAAAAGCCGAUACCAUCAAAGCCAGGGUUGUCAAAGUGCUAGAGCAACAUGGUGUCUCUAAGGACGCUUGCAAUGAUAGAGCGGGAUCCUUGUUGUCCAAGGCCGAUUUCGAAACCAUUGCCAAGGCUGAAUCAGGGACGGAUGAUGACUUUUGGGCUGCUAUGAAAACUGAGGCAAACCGAGUGAACUUCCGACUUGUCUUCAGAAAUGAAAUGCAGCAGGCAAAGAUUGAUGGUCGUAGGAAGCCACCCUCCAAGCAGGCUCGAAAGACCAAGACUGCAGGUGCACAUGGUGAUUUCAUUCCCAACUCUUCAAGCGUUGUGAUUGACAUCAAGCACUUCAAAGAUGGUGAUGACAGUAUCGAAAUGAUUGAGACUGCCAGGUUUGGACCUGAUCAAAGGGGUCUGGCUGUGAUGAGUUUGGAGGAGGCUGAAAGACACCCACAGGGGUCAUCCAUGAGUGUUGAUGCGCUUGCUGUGCUGAUUGUUGGCAAAAAAUUUGGUGCUGCCGAUGCUCCCUUCAAUAUGCCAGCUGUCACUAUGCGUGGUGAGCCUGUUGUCAUCCAAGCUGCCCUCCGACAGUUUGGUGAUCGGGAGGUUUCCUUUCAACCUGCCGUCCCAUGUGCUGAUGUUGCAUGUGCUGCGUCGACAGUAGUUGAAUUGCACAUUUACAAAAGUGAGGUGGGUUCCUGGAAAGAAUGCUCCGUGCCUUUGCAUUAUUUGGGAGUUCACAUUUCUGCUGUUCGAGGGUCUAGUCUGAUUUCUACUUGGUCCAUGAAGACUUGGAAAAGUACCAGGCAACCAUCACCCUUCAAAGAAGCUGAUUACUGGCAUGGUUUCAUUCGUGUCCCAGAUGAUAUCCUUGAUCAGGUCUUGUGUCGAUCGGGAUAUGCUGGCAUCUAUGUCUCCCCAAAGGAUGGCAACCGCAGGCAUGACGACCGUUUUGCUGUCAUUGCCAUGCCUGAUUGUGGGCUCACGGAAGUUCAAAAGAAGGCAGCUGCACAAGAAAAAGCACUUGGAGUCGUGAGAUUGCGUGAUCAAUUUGGCAUUCGAUGCAGACGUGAGUACUCAUCAUCCCUCAGAGCCAUUCUCCUACCCGAGUCUGCAUUCGUAGACACUGCAGGUAUCAAAGCCGAUGAAACCAUGUGGGUUUUGAAAAACAUGCCAGCUGAGGUAGGUAAGGAAGGUCUGCUUGAUGCUUUGCAAAGAGCUGGUUGGGAUGCCCAACCUAUCCGGGCCCAAGGGCAGAAUCGUUGGUUGGUUGCUGCCCGCGACACCCCAGAAUCGAAACAUUUCUGCAUCAAUGGGUCAUAUGUUUUGGUGGAACCUGUCAAAAGACACAGAGAUGGCAAUGCUGUUACUAUCACUGCCAAGCAAGUCAAAGUUGACACUUUGGUCAAUACUACCAAUGGCAAUGUUCAGAUUGCGGCAUCGACCAGAAUUCAAGAAGUCAAAGCUGAGAUCAGCGAGCAACUUGAGAUGAAAAUGCAAGCCGCAAAUGAAAAGAUUGCCAUGUUGUCCUCGCAGUUGGAGAACUUUCAGAUUGCACAGCAGCGGAAAGAUGAAGAAGCCCGUUCUGAACUGCAACAGGUGCGAGAUGAGCAGGCCUUUGCUCGUCAGAAAAUUGGUGAGGUAGAACAGUCUGUAGUGCACAGUGGUCAGACUGUCAUUGCGACUAUGCAGCAAAUGAUGGCCAGUUUGGAAACAAACGUUAAACAAUGGAUGGGUCAGAGCUCGGUUGGUGAUGAUGGAAAGCGCAGCAGGACUGAUCAGCCAGGACGUGCCGACAGCUUUGCGACCAAAAGUUGA